GAGCUGGGGUUUCGUGGUCAAUCAUGGAUUGGUUUUAUAGUGAUACCGGAGAGAGUGAUUGGCUGGCGAGUGAUUGCCGAACGCCUACACACUUUUUAUCCUGGCGGUAGAUAUAAAAAGGGGUCGUUGGGCAUUGAAGACCAUCACGAUUGAGAAACGCACAGUGAGGAAAUUGCCACUACGUUUUACUCUUCCUAACCAAGCGCUGCAGUUGAAGAGAGAACAUCAUGGCCAUGCUGAAGAUUUCCUCUUUUCUUGCUGUCUAUGCUUUGGUGGUCUGCCAGAUGGAGAGUUACCAGGCAGUCCCGCUAAGACCCGGCUUAGAGCCCGUCACAGACCGAGGGACUCUGGGCGACUACGAAGCUCGCCGGUUAUUAAACGCCUUGGUGAAGGAAUACGUCCAGAUGACAGCGGAAGAGCUGGAACAGGCGAGCGAAGGAAACAGCAUAACAGCACAGAAGAGAGGGUGUAAUACAGCAACCUGUGUGACCCACCGUUUGGCAGACUUCCUGAGCCGGUCAGGAGGAGUGGGCAAGAACAACUUUGUACCUACUAAUGUGGGAUCCAAAGGAUUUGGUCGGUGAAGAAGAUCUGUUCAGACGUUAUCUGCUGAAUGACCCCUGGAAUAUGAUUGCCAUGAAAAUGAGCAGCGAACGCCUUUUAAUUUCACUGGAAAGCAACUUUCUUCCAUAAAAUCAAGAUGGCCGAAUAAAAGACUCAUUUUUGCAUCCUUCUAAUAUUUAUGAAAUGUUUUAUUUCUAAAUUAAAUUAAAGCACUUCUGUUAUAUAAUAUAUAUAUAUCAAGAUAAUCAAAUUAAAUUAUCGUAUAUUCUUUUUAUAUGCAGUUCUAUUUCAAAUAAAAUGUGACAGCAUCUAUUUAUUUAAUUAUUUAUUUACUUAUUUAUUUAUUUAUCUUCUAGCAUAUCUGUGAAAUAUGACCCAUGCUAUUUAUCUUGGCAGUACUGCCAAAUCUCGGGGAUUACACUAAAUUGCUGCCUCUCAAGGUAUAUGUGUAAAAUUUGGUGUGCUGUGCCUUGAUGUAAAACAUUUAAACUGACAUGAUUGUACAGUAUGUUUAAGAGACACUUACAAUAUUGUAUCAUUUGUGAAUUUAU